AUGUUAUAUUUUAAAGCGACAUCAAGAAUUCAUACUUUACGGAUUUGUCAUCAUUAUACUGAAACUUAUUCGAUUUCUAAAGUAAUCUUCCAAUUCCCUACUCGAUUGUUAAGUCACCAACGAAAACGAACUGUACCUUCUAGAAGAAAUGACAUGAACUUUCAAGAUCGUUUGCAAGAGCCAGAAGAGUUGAAAAUUACCUUUGACAAAGGUCUUAUUUAUGUCGAAAGAUGUAAUGAAGCCAAAUAUAAUUUCUUUAAAUUCUUUACACGAAAAGUACCUGAAUCGGAAGAGUAUAAGGAUCCACUUCAGUUGUUGUCUACUAAUGGUGCCGAUUGGGGUUCUCAAGAGGCUCCUACUUUACAUAAAAUUCUAAAGAGGGCACUAACCCGAUUUUUCUAUGUUUAUGAGAAAUCCGCAUCUAAUUUGCUUAAAUUCUUUAAACGUGGUUUAUUUCCAUACAUUCUUGAAUAUAAGGGUCCACUUCGAUUGUUAUCUACUAGUGGUGCCGAUUGGGAUUUUCAAGAAGCACCUGACUUACGGGAAAUUCUAAAGAGGUCACUAACCCGAUUUUUCUAUGCUUACAAGAAAGGCAACAGAGGAAAGAAAAGCACUCCUCUAUUUACCAUUAUGGGUGGUGCAGGUAUUGGAAAGUCAAGACUUCUCAUGGAACUGCCACAAGUAACUCAAUCUGUAGUCGGUAACGAGGAGUUGAAAAAACGCCUUGACA